AGCAGGUGGAGACCGAGGAGAGUGUUUUCAUGAUUCUCUGCAGCGUUUCUUAAUCAAAUAAUGUCAUUUGAGUUUGGCAGGUUAAUAGCACCUGUACUGUGACUCGUCAAGGUGUAAACUCCAGUAUGAACGUGUCAGAGGAGGUGGAGCAGGAGGAGGACGGGGUCUCCACGUCUGACAGUUGGAUCAGAGAUAAGAGCCUGGCGAGGCAGCAGACACCAGACUCACCUGCGCCCACCUGUGUGUCCCUAAGGAGUGAUCACUCCAUGUUUGCGGCCCUUGACUUCAAGGAUGGAGGCCGGUCUGAUGAACAAAACUCAGUGAACCAGGAGCAAACCAGCUGUGUGUCUGAAGAUGAGACUGUUUGGUUCAAGGAUGCAGAGCUGAGGUGUCGAGCUCACAGGCGGAGGUCAGACGUUGUCAGUAACCGACCGGCCUGGUGGCUUCACGCCAACCUGGACUCCACUUUCACUCUGCUUGAAGAGAACAUUGUGAAUUUUGUGAGGAACGAGCUGAAGAAGUUCAAGAAAGUUCUGGAUCCAGAAUUUCCAGAAAGCUCAGAGAAGCUGAGAGAAGAGGAGGAAGGAGUGGGAGGUGACGAAGACGAGCAGAGCAGCAGCAGCAGAGAUGCAUUUCUGAAGAUCACACUGAACUUUCUGAGGAGGAUGAAGAGGGGGCAGCUGGCUGACUGUCUGCAGAGCAAAACUCACGCUGUGACUUGUCAACGUAAACUCAAGUUGAACCUGAAGAAGAAGUUUCGGUGUUUGUUCGAGGGGAUCGCGGAAGCAGGAAACCCGACACAUCUGAACCGUAUCUACACAGAGCUAUUUAUCACUCAGGGAGAGAGCAGAGAAGACCAUGAGCACGAGGUCAGAAGGAUAGAGGCAGCAUCACGAAAACCGGCACCUUCAGAAACAACAAUUAGAUGUGAGGAUCUAUUCAAACCUUUACCUGACAGAGGUGAACCAGCCAGAACUCUGGUGACGAAGGGGGUGGCUGGCAUCGGGAAAACAGUCUUAACUCAGAAGUUUAUCCUGGACUGGGCUGAAGACAAAGCCAACCAUGACUUACAGUUCAUCUUUCCAUUCUCUUUCCGAGAGCUCAAUCUGCUGAAAGAGAAGUACAGCUUGGUGGAACUUCUUCAUCUCGUCUUCACUGAAACUAAAGAAGCAGGAAUCUGCAGGUUUGAGGAGUUCCAGGUUUUGUUCAUCUUCGAUGGUCUGGAUGAGUGUCGACUUGCUCUGGAUUUCAACAACACUGAGAUCCUGACCGAUGUUACAGAGUCGACUUCAGUCGAAGUGCUUCUGAUGAACCUUAUUAGAGGCAAACUGCUUCCCUCUGCUCGCCUCUGGAUAACCACACGGCCUGCAGCAGCCAAUCAGAUCCCUGCUGAAUGCGUUGACAUGGUGACAGAGGUGAGAGGGUUCACUGACCCACAGAAGGAGGAGUACUUCAGGAAGAGGUUCAGAGAUGAGGAGCAGGCCAGCCGAAUCAUCUCCCACAUCGAGACGUCACGAAGCCUCCACAUCAUGUGCCACAUCCCGGUCUUCUGCUGGAUCACCUCUGCAGUUCUGAAGCAUGUGUUGAAAACCAGAGAGGAAGGAGAGCUGCCCAAGACCCUGACUGAGAUGUACAUCCACUUCCUGUUGGUUCAGACCAAACAGAGGAACAUUAAGUAUCACAACAGUGCGGUGACGGAUCCAGUCUGGACCAAAGAGACCAUGAAUACCAUUCUGAUGCUGGGAAAACUUGCUUUUGAGCAGCUGGAGAAAGGAAACCUGAUCCUCUAUGAAGCAGACCUGAGAGAGUGCGGCAUCGACAUCCAAGCUGCUUCAGUCUACUCUGGGCUGUUCACAGAAAUCUUCAAAGAUGAGCAUGCACUGAAUCAAGAAAAGAUGUACUGCUUUGUUCAUCGGAGCAUUCAGGAGUUUCUAUCUGCACUUUAUGUCUUCCUGAUGUUCGCCAACACCGGUGUCGAUCUGCUGAGAGGAAGCUGGACCAUCUCUGUGCCUUUACAGCAUAAAUCUAACUUUAAACACUUCUACCAGAGAGCAGUGGACAAAUCUUUACAGAGUCCAAAUGGACACCUAGACUUGUUCAUCCGCUUCCUGAUGGGCCUUUCACUGGAGACCAAUCAGACUCUUCUCCGAGGCCUGCUGAUAAAGAAAGGAAGUGCACCUCAGGCCAACACCAUGCUGGUGCAUUACAUCAAGAAGAAGAUCAGCGACAGUCCUUCUCCAGAGAGAAGCAUCAAUCUGUUCCACUGUCUGAAUGAGCUCAAUGACAACUCUCUAGUGGAGGAGAUCCAACAUUACCUGAGAUCAGGGAGCGUCUUUGAAAACAAACUCUCUCCCUCUCAGUGGUCAACGCUAGUCUUCAUUCUACUGUCGUCGCAAAAAGAUCUCGAUGAGUUCGACCUGAAGAAAUUCUCUGCUUCAGAGGAGGGAUUUCUGUGGCUGCUGCCAGUGGUCAAAGCAUCCAAAAGAGCUCUGUUGAGUGGCUGUGACCUCUCGUGGAGAAGCUGUGAAGCUCUGAUCUCAGUUCUCAACUCGCAGAACUCCAGUCUGAGAGAACUGGAUCUGAGUUACAAUGACCUGCUCGAUACUGGAGCACUAGCACUCUCAAAUGGGCUCAAGAGUCCUCACUGUCGACUGGAGAUACUAAGGCUGUCAGGCUGUCUGAUCACAGAGAAAGGCUGUUCUUUGCUGGCUUCUGCUUUGAAAGCCAACCCCUCUCACCUAAGAGAGCUGGACCUGAGCUUCAAUCAUCCAGGAGAGUCAGGAGUAAAGCUGCUGUCCACUGGACUCAACAAUCCACACUGGAAGCUGGAAACUCUCAAGAUUGAUCAUUGUGGAAAGUGUCGACUGAAACCGCCACCUCUCAGGUAUUUCCGUCAGCUUUCUGUGGACCCAAACACAGUGGACAGAAACCUCUCACUGUCCAGUGACAGCAGACAGGUGAUGGUGGUUGAAGACAAGCAGCCGUAUCCCGAUCAUACAGAGAGAUUUGACUGCUGGAAGCAGCUGCUGUGCAGUGAAGGUCUGACUGGGCGAUGUUACUGGGAGGUACGCUGGGAAGGAAGAGUUAAUAUAGGAGUGACUUACAGAGGAAUCAAGAGGAAGGGAGAUGGGGAUGACUGCUGUAUCGGAUGGAACGAUCAGUCCUGGAGUCUGAUCUGCUCUGCUCAGGGUUACACCGCCUGGCACGAUAACACACCAACAGAUGUAGAAGUGCCUCCGCCCUCUGACUCCAACAGGGUAGCAGUGUAUCUGGACUGGCCUGCCGGCACUGUGUCCUUCUUCUGUCUGCCCUCCAUCAUCUCCUCAAUCAAACGUAUCCACCUCCACACCUUCCACUCCAUAUUCACCGAACCACUUUACCCAGUGUUUGGGUUUGGACGAACGUGUGGGUUUGGGUCUGACUCUCGAUCAUCAGUUUAUCUGACACAGAUGGAUGAAUGAAUGUUAUUCCCACGCAGGACAGUUGAGCCUGCAGUGCUUUAAAACAGGCCCAUGGUGCCGCAAGAGUAAAUCCCUAAGUCAAAUUUUUCUUAGUGUUUGUUUCUGUAAUACUCAUUUUGACCACAAGAGGCUGAAGUUCACCAUUACCCUGUAUCUUAAAUAAGACGAAAUGUUCCUCCAGGUGAGUUUUAAUUUAUCUUUGCACUCAAAAUGAAUAUUUCUAAAACAAACAACAACUCCAAAAAACAAAUCCUCUUGAAAAAUCACUCAGUUUCACUCGCACAAUUAUUCUCUUGGAAAAAAUAUCACUCUGCUUCCCUCAUGAAUAAAGAUGAUCACUGUACGUAUGAGCACAGCAACAGCAUAAAGCCACAACACAUUCUUAUGUGCUUCUGCCUCUUGGCAUUUUCUUUAAGUUACAUAAUGGACGUCAAACUUGAAUUCCCCCCUCCAGCGUUUUUUCUUCUUGUCCCUAUAGCUGAAUGUUUGACUUCUCACAGACACAAUCAUCCAGAAACAGCUCCACUCCCUCCUCUGUCAGGCUUAAAACCUGUCUGUUUUGUGUUAAAACCAAACUGACAAGUGAUGAGUGUGUUCAAGUGACAGAAAUCACUGCAGCUGCAUAUUUCUGUUAGAGAGACUAAUCUGAAUGUCUGUUGGUUGAACUACAGCAAGUGACACAAGAAUGUCUUUCCUGGUGAUCAAGUUCUGCUCAUUGUUGCUGUUGACCUUAAACACUUGUUGACAGCGGCUUUACUCCCUCAUCGUUUGUGGACCUACAGUUUCAGUCACAAGUCAAGUUCCAACAAAGUUUAAAAAAUUGUUGUUUUUUUCCCAUAUGUCUUGCUCCAUAUCUCACCUAUACGUCAGUCGAGCUUCUAACAUCCUGGAAAAUCAUUAAAAAUGUUGAUGACUCAUCCUGCGUGUAUUCUAGUUUUCAUCUUGUUAUUUAUUUAUUCAUGACGCUGCCAUGGAUGUGUUACAAAUUUGUUUGAGUGUGAAGUCGACAGGCGGCCAAAUCCUUACAUAUUGCACCUUUAAGUGCAGCAGCUAAGAAUUUGUACUUCAUUACUUCCCUUCUCUGUGUACAUUACAAACUUCUAACAUUGUUUAUGAAAAUUCACAUAAGACUUGAUGUCAAUGAACUUUUAUUGAUUGUAAACAUAAGCUUAGCUAGCAAGUAUCUGUUUUAAUAUUUUGUAUUUCUAAUAUGUUCAUUUAAUCUCACACCCUCUGACAGGAAGCUUUAUAAAGUGUCUCAUGUUUUCACCAAGGAAGAAUAAAGGGACAUUACAUCACUGAA